CCAGGAUACAAGUCCAUGAAGCCGAACACAUAGUACAAAUACAAACAUAAUAAUCACUGCACUGACUCUUGUGCAGUGCUGCUAUCAUCGGGUCCAUAUUAGAGAAUUCGGAAUCAUCAUCAUCGGGUCCAUAUUAGAGAAUUAAAAAUGCACCAUGCAUUCUUAAUAUUGGUAAGUAAAAUUUCAAAGUUUAGUUUUUUUUACUGAGGUCAAACCAAAGAGGACAUAAUCACUACGUGGUCAAACUCUACUUUCAAUAGAUGUUUUUUUUUAUACAUCAGUGCAUCGAGUAUAUUGAAUGCUUUUCAAAACAUCGGAUCGAUUCGAUAUUUUUCAUUGCAAAUAUCGAUGUUUUUGAUGCAUCGAUGUAUAUCGAAUAUCACUACAAUAAGAGUGCCGGUUUCUUUGAAUCGUCGUAUUACUGUGUAUUCACUUUUACCCUAAAAAAUAUCGAAAAUCAAGAAAUGGCUACUUAUGAUUUAAAUCUGUUCGAAGAAGUAGAAAAUCUAAUACACGACGAAAUUGAUUACACGACAACAGAUUUAAUGAACCGUCUUCAAUCAUUGAUUAACUGUAAAAUAUUAACCACUGAAAAUAUUACAAAUGAUUUAGUAGAUUUGGAGUUUUUAGAAGAAAUCAAGCACUUGGUAACAAAUGAAAAUAUUCCUGUGUUUUUUGGGAGAACUAUGAGGGAUAUAAAAUUUCUUUUAACUGAUGAUAGUCUCAGAGAACAUGAGGUGAUUAUGAAGUAUAUGAAUCUUAAAAAAGUAGUAAUAACUUCUGUAAAAUUACCUUACUCCCCUAUACAAGAUUGUGAGUACAGCUCCCUUCAGCAAAUCAUUCAAGCUUAUAGAGCACAUGUCGAGAGUUUAUGCACAUAUUUUAAUGAACUUGAGCGUAUUGAUAGAUUUUGUACUGUUAUGGAGCCACUAGAACCAACAUUUAAGGAUGACUUUAGACGGAUUCUUUUAGAUGAAAGGACAUGGCUUCAUGUAGAAGUUUCUCCAGAUGGGUCAGCUAAAAACAUGCAUUUGGUAGGUCAGUCUGAAUUAUGGAGCAACAAAUUGCAAUCAGGUCUUCUAUCAUGGGAUCAUGAUAAAGAUAUUGUAGAAAAUAUCAUGACUGUGUUUGAUUUAGUGAACUUUCCUACUUCUGUUACAUCCCGAAAGUCUUCAACAACUAGUAUUGAAAUGCCACCAGAACAAUCUACCUUAUGCAGUAUAUGCCUUUGUGCUGUGCUACCUGAUAGUCCUGGAGUACCCUUACCUCUAUGUCAAAAUGCUGUUUGUGGAGUUUAUUUUCACAGAAAUUGUCUGUUUCAGUGGCUAGUGGCGUGUUCAGGUGGUAGGCCCCCAGCAUUUGGAGUUGCUACUGGAAAUUGCCCGGCUUGUUUUCAAACUAUCGCGUGUAGUGAGAAAGAUGAUUAAUGUGUUGUACUUAAGAAUUUAAUUUCUAAGAGGGGAGGUGUUUUUCCAUACAAACGUAUUCCUUUGAUUAAGCGAUUCCUCCUUGAUUUUUAUCACAAAUAUUUUUUUGUCAUGGGCCUGCACUGUUUGAAUAAAAAUUUUUUUUAAACGGAAGGACAAUGGGAAAAACGCACCCAGCUCCGCCAAUAAUGUAAUUAAUAUGAAUCGAUAGAUCUAUGAAAAACUAGCCUUUUUUAUUAUGACACCGAAAAUAAAUAUCCUGGGAGUCAAAAGAUAUGACACCGUAAAAAAUAUCCUGGUAGUCAAUAAAUAUGACACAUGGGCAUAUUUAAGUAGCUGAAUAAAUUCAUUUUAUAGUAGGUACCUUCAUUUUAUAUUAUUAGUAAUCAUAAUAAUAUGCCAUAUCGUACUAUACAACCAAAUGUACGACAAAGCCUGUCAACCAUCCUACGCUUGCUUUUACUGAGACAUUUCAAAACGGUUAAUAGAUGCUGAAGGACUUGCAGUUGCAAAUAGUCGACUUGUCUUACUUCGUUGUGAUUGUGCGCUCCCUGCUACUUGAUUGAUUUUUAUCUAACACGCUUUGGAUAUUGGAACACGAUUAUCGGUUUUGUCAAUUAGGAACUGAAGUCAUGUGUUCUCCGAAGCGUGGGCAAGUUUGUGUAAUCUUUGGUCGCUCCGUUUUACAUAGAAGACAAUUUACUAUAACGAACAGAAUGUUUAAAAAAAAAAACAACCCAAGCGGGGAUUUUUGGAUUUACUCUAGCGCGGCAGAAUAACAUAAGGGGGCACCCAUGCACCUUGUGAAGUAUUCCCAUAAUUCCUGAGCACCCUAUGUAGGGUCGAACUAACUAAAUUAAUUCCCUUGUUUCAUUAAUGUUCGUUCGUUAUAGUACUUGUACAUAUUUAACUUAAAAUAACUAAAGACCCCCGGGAUGGAAUUUGAUGCGCUUUGGCACAGAUGAUCUCGACUAUAAUACCUUUCAAACAAAUGUAGUUCAAGCCGUGGCGGACGUGGGCGCAGCGUCCAUACAUUUUUGCCCAAUGUCCUUUGGAGGGAUAGAAUCAGGUAAGGUGUAAAAUAUGAUGUCACAAAUAAAUGAAAAUAAGAUAAAUACUAUAUACGCAAUAUGAAUUAAUUAAAGUUUUAUGUCAUGUUAGCUAUAAAAUCAGUUAGCAACUUGUAAAUAUUAUGAUCUCUUGUGCACAAUAGGGAUGGAAUGAAAGUAGGGAGAUGAAUACUAGGGAGAUGAUGAGAGAUUAGAUGACGAGGGUUUUUGAGUUCUAUAAAAAUCAAAAUCAUUUCAAGUACUGUAAAUUAACAUUAAGGAAAUUUUCUGUAAUGUGUACGCAAUAUUGUGUGGCAGAAAAAUGCUUUAUUUUUUCCUCAGUGCCCGCACUACCACAUCUACAUAACAUCUCAUAAUUGCAAUAGUGCGUGCUAGGUCUAGUAAUAAGUUUAAAAAAAUACUUGUGAUAUUAAUAUUUAGAAGAUGGUUUUUUAUUAAAUUUUAAUAUAAUCUUAUGAUGAA